UCUCACACCCUUCUUCAUCUUUCGGCGCUCACUUGCCGAAAUCAAAUCCUAGUUUCUACACUUCUACGCCAUUUUCUAAAUUAUAAUGGCUUCCUUGUCUUCUUCACAAGCGCUUCGUGUUUCAUCGACUAGAAAUCCAUCACUUUCUCUCUCUUCCAAAAUCCCUCUAUCAUCCGCCUUCUCCGUUUCCCUUCGGCCUCCCCGCCGCCAUGGCGCACGCCCUCUUGUGGUGGUAGUUUCGGCGGGUCUUGAUGCGAAGCCAACCGUGCUUGUGGCGGAGAAGCUUGGUGAAGCUGGGCUUCAGCUGCUGAAGGACUAUGCAAAUGUCGACUGCUCCUAUAAUUUGAGCCCUGAGGAGCUCCGCACCAAGAUCUCGCUUUGCGAUGCGCUGAUUGUGCGUAGUGGAACCAAAGUUACGCGUGAGGUGUUCGAAUCAUCGGGGGGAAGGCUUAAGGUGGUUGGGAGAGCUGGUGUUGGGAUCGAUAAUGUGGAUCUGGCGGCAGCUACCGAGCAUGGGUGCUUGGUGGUUAACGCCCCCACGGCCAAUACGGUUGCGGCUGCCGAACAUGGGAUCGCGCUCUUGGCUGCUAUGUCUAGGAAAGUUGCUCAGGCCGAUGCGUCUGUUAAAGCUGGCAAAUGGCAACGAAAUAAGUAUGUCGGAGUAUCCCUUGUCGGCAAAACGCUUGCUGUCAUGGGAUUUGGCAAGGUUGGUUCUGAAGUUGCUCGCCGUGCCAAGGGUCUUGGUAUGCAUGUCAUUGCUCAUGACCCAUAUGCUGCAGCUGAUCGCGCUCGUGCAAUUGGUGUUGAGCUUGUGAGCUUUGAUGAAGCCAUUGCUACUGCAGAUUUCAUUUCCUUGCACAUGCCUCUUACUCCUGCUACAUCAAAGAUUCUUAAUGAUGAGACUUUUGCUAAGAUGAAAAAGGGAGUUAGAAUAGUUAAUGUUGCCCGUGGAGGAGUCAUUGAUGAGGAAGCUCUUGUUCGGGCUCUGGAUGCUGGAAUCGUGGCUCAGGCGGCACUUGAUGUUUUCACAGAGGAACCACCUCCAAAAGAAAGCAAGUUGGUUCUCCAUGAGAACGUCACUGCAACACCUCAUCUUGGUGCUAGUACCAUGGAAGCUCAGGAAGGCGUGGCUAUUGAAAUAGCUGAAGCUGUUAUUGGGGCAUUGAAAGGAGAACUUGCUUCGACUGCAGUCAAUGCACCAAUGGUUCCGGCAGAGGUGUUAACAGAGCUGAAACCAUUUGUUGAUCUUGCUGAGAAACUGGGAAGACUCGCUCUCCAGUUGGUAGCUGGAGGAAGUGGUGUGAAAACUGUGAAGGUGACUUAUGCUUCUGCCAGGGCUCCUGAUGAUCUUGACACCCGUGUUCUCCGUGCCAUGAUAAUCAAGGGUCUCAUUGAGCCCAUAUCCAGUGUUUUUGUGAAUCUGGUCAAUGCUGAUUUCACUGCUAAACAAAGAGGGCUCAGGAUAACUGAGGAAAGGGUUAUUCUAGAUGGCUCACCUGAGAAUCCACUUGAAUCCAUCCAGGUACAGAUUGCUAAUGUGGAAUCCAGAUUCGCUAGUGCCAUAUCGGAUUCGGGUGAAAUCAAGGUCGAGGGUUGUGUUAAGGAUGGGGUCCCCCAUCUGACAAAGGUGGGAUCUUUCGAGGUUGAUGUGAGCUUGGAAGGUAGCAUUAUACUUUGCAGGCAGGUGGAUCAGCCAGGCAUGAUUGGAAAGGUUGGCAGCAUUCUAGGCCAGGAGAAUGUGAAUGUUAGUUUCAUGAGUGUUGGAAGGAUUGCUCCUCGCAAGCAAGCUGUAAUGGCAAUUGGUGUGGAUGAUCAACCUACCAAAGAGACUUUGAAGAAGAUUGGAGAGAUUCCUGCCAUUGAAGAGUUUGUUUUCCUUAAGUUGUAACAUGAGGUACUUGUUUUUGCUUAAUUCUGUAUUUGGUUCUAAUUUUGUUGGGCAAACUAUAUGAUUUGCUCAGUUUUGGUGAGGCACGAAAUGCGAGUUGUGAUGGUUGGAGUAGGGGCGGGGAAAAGAAUAAUACAGUCAUCUUGUGUCAGUGUUGUAGUUUCAAAGAAACAAGAAACCGAGUUUUCCUCUUC